CGUCCGAGUCUGCACGCCUGCUCUCUUCGCAGCUUCUAUCUCAGCCUAGCCCAGCAUCACUAUGGUGGACGCUUUCCUGGGCACCUGGAAGCUAGUGGACAGCAAGAAUUUCGAUGACUACAUGAAGUCACUCGGUGUGGGUUUUGCUACCAGGCAGGUGGCCAACAUGACCAAGCCUACCACAAUCAUUGAAAAGAAUGGGGACACUAUCAUCCUAAAAACACACAGCACCUUCAAGAACACAGAGAUCAGCUUUAAGCUGGGGGUGGAAUUCGAUGAGACAACAGCAGAUGACAGGAAGGUCAAGUCCAUUGUGACACUGGAUGGAGGCAAACUUGUUCACCUACAGAAGUGGGACAGGCAAGAGACGACACUUGUGCGGGAGCUAAUUGAUGGAAAACUCAUCCUGACACUCACCCACGGCACUGCAGUUUGCACUCGCACUUAUGAGAAAGAGGCAUGACCUGACUGCACUGUUGCUGACUCCUACUCUGCCAAUCGGCUACCCCUCGACUCAGCACCACAUUGCCUCAUUUCUUCCUCUGCAUUUUGUACAAAUCCACAAAUUCUUCUAGGUUUAGGUGCUACUGGCCUGGAUCCACUUCCAGUUUCCAUUGUGUAUGUGGUUUUUUUGUUAAUGGCAUUCAAAGGGUGCAAAAAAGAAAAAAAAAAAAAGACAAAAAAAAAAAAAAAAAAAA